AUAUAAGAAAGAAGAGUGCUUUCCAAAUUGUUUCAUUAAAAGCAGUCCGUUGAACAACGUAAUCAGGUUCAGUUUUAAUUAGUGUUAUAGUAAAAUAAAGUAUUUUUUCGUGCAGUAGGUUACGUCUUCGUAAUGUGAUGAAAUAAAUAUCGUUGUUUGUCAAUAACUAUUAAAGUACUGCCCAAACAGCAUCAAGUUAUUUGGACAUAAAUUAGAAGACUCAAUCACAAUCUACCAUAUUAGAAAGUUCUACAAGGAAUCUCUAUACACGAUUAACAUUCUUGAUCAAUAAAAAAAGAAGAAGAAAGCAAUGCGGAAAUUAGAAAGUUCGAUACCGGGUUUCGAAAAUUUUCCUGGAAGGGAUGCUAAAUUUCAAACAGCAUACUCUUUUCUCGAAGCAAGAAGACAAAUAGACGGUGCGGAAGGUUUAUGGAGGAUUCAAAAUAAUUUAUAUGAUUUAGAAGGUUUUGCAAAAUUUCACCCAGGAGGAGCAGAAUGGAUUCGCCUGACCAAGGGUACUGAUAUUACCGAACUUUUCGAGUCGCAUCAUCUAACUGAUAAAGCUAUGAAACUGCUUCCAAAAUACUUGGUAAGAGAGGCAGUUUCACCACGAAAGCUGCCAUUAACGUUUGAACCGAAUGGUUUCUUUUCUACUUUCAAAAAGCGUGCAUUAGAAGCACUAAAAGACGUGGAUUUUCAUCGGCCGUCGCCAAAAACAAAUUUAAUCGCUGAUAUUUUAAUCAGUGCUACCGUUUUACUUAGCCUUGCAGUAGCUUAUACACAAUCUUAUUUAAUCAUUGUGCUUGCUGGAAUUUUUCUCGGAUGGACCACAGUCAUUGGUCAUAAUUAUUUUCAUAUGAGGAAUAGUUUUCGAAUGUACUACUUUGAUUUAAGCACAUUGUCGUCGAAAGAUUGGCGAAUAACACAUGCAAUGAGUCACCACAUCUACCCUAAUACCCUUUGGGAUUUUGAAAUAUACUCGCUUGAGCCUUACCUGUUUUGGUUACCAGAUCCUAAAAAAUCAUUACUGAGAGGUAUCAUUAGUCAACUGAUAAGUCCUAUCAUUUGGGCUUUAGCUUUUUACGCACAAGCAAUCAAAAGAUAUUACUCUGUGUUCUUCGAAUAUAGAAAAUUCGAAUUUCGAGAUGCUGUACCUUUCGUCUUGCCCAUAUCGAUGUCCUUUCUCGCGCCAAGUAUUUUUGUGGCUGUGAAGCUUUGGUUAUUAAUUUUAUUAACAGGCAGUUUUAUAUUUUGUAUGAUCGGUUUCAAUGCAGCUCAUCAUCAUCCCGAUAUCUUUCAUGAUGGUGACAUAUACAGAAACGAUUUCGACUGGGGUUUGCUAGAAUUGGAUGCCGUAAGAGAGCGAACAGUGAUCGAUGACUCUGACAUUCUGGUGUUGACUAACUUCGGAUUACACGGUCUUCAUCAUCUUUUGCCAACAGUGGAUCACUGUUACUUGUCACUUUGUGAAAAAGCUUUUCAACAAACUUGCAAGGAAUUUGGAAUUAGUACUAAGAAGUUUACCCAAUGGGAGCUUGUAAAGGGACAAUUUAAACAAAUCUUACGUAAAGAACGGAAAAGGAAUAUUAGAUAGAAUAACGGAUCGGCUAUGAUUAAAGCGACAAUUAAAAAUAAUUUGUUUCUUGGGAGAGUCAGCGUCCACUUAACCUAAGAAAUAAGCACUAAUCGCGUAUAUUAUUAGCAGUCAGUGAAUUCGUAUAAUAAAUACGUGAUUUUGAAAAUACAUUUUUCAUAGAAUACAAGCAAUGCAUAAAGAA